CAUCUCUCAGUCUACUCUGGUUUUUGUUGCUUCUACUGCCUACUACGGGAUAUUUGUGAUUGGUUCAUCCCCCUCUCUUCCUCUCUUCAUCCCUCUCCUCCCUCCCUCCCUCGUGAUUGUAUGUAAAUCCGGUCGUGGUCUCAGCCAGUAGGUGAGGUUGGAGCUUGGUGCGCUCCUCCUGCCUCGGUGGCGCACACGAGACCCGAGAGCAGCCGAGGUGAGAUCGCUGCGCCGAACAGGAGCUGUCCACUGCGCCGUGGUGCUGAAACUCUCCACUCGUCGUCCUCCUCCUCUAUAGCGGGCUGCUUCUGCUGCACAUUCAUCAUAUUUGGGGAAAAGGAUUAACAGCCUGCCCUCUUUUUGGCUGCUUAUAGGUGCAAACUUCUUCCCGAGGACAUCACAUCGGAAAUACUCUACUAGUCGUGGAUUUGACUCAUUAGUUUGUUGAGUUUCUGCUGCACAAUCUCGCUUGGAUUAAAACCUCCUGGAUGGUUUACAUCUGGACACACAGGAAAAGACCAAUGAAGACAGCCAGAUGGUGGUCGGCGGCAAUUUUACUGUUGGGCCUCGCUGUGCUCGGCGCAGACGGGAGACCCAACAAGGAGGGAUUCAGGUCGCCGCUCUAUCGACCAGUCGUGAGAUUCCGACACAAGGAUGGGAUCCCUGAGAGCUUGAGGAUAAAGGGUUUUAUGGGCCACAAUGGCUAUCCAAGUCCAUGUGAACACAAGUACUGUGGCUUGGGGCGUCACUGUGUGGCCAACCACGAGACUGGCCAAGGGGAGUGUAAGUGCUUGGAUCACUGUAAACCGCACUAUAAACCCGUGUGUGGUUCAGAUGGGAAGCUGUACCAGAACCAUUGUGAGCUCCACCGGGCCUCCUGUCUCAGAGGACACAGGAUUACCAUCAUGCACAGCGAGGAGUGCUUCUACAAAGAUGAUAACUGCAGACUGAGUGACUACCGUCGACUGAAAACCAAGAUUCUGGAUUUGCAUGACAAACGGUACAUGGGCUCUAACAUCCACGGGGCCCACAAGGACAACAUGGCUGCCAGGAAGCAAUUGGUUGAUAUGAUGUUCAAACGCUUUGAUGCAGAUAACAAUGGUCAAAUAGAUGCCAGCGAGCUCUCACAGGUCAUCAAGCAAGAAGGUCUGUCCAAGGACGUCUCUGAGUGCACAUUGUUCGACCUGCUGAAGUACAACGACGUCAACGACGACGAGCACCUGACAAAAGAGGAGUUUUACACAGCUUUGGAUGUGUACCUGCUCGCCCUUCCAGAUGACCAGAAAGUGAGCGUCACCACAGUAACGGUCGGCCAGAGCGCCGUGUUGACGUGUGCCAUCACGGGGGAGCGGAGGCCUCCUAUACUGUGGAAGAGGAACCAUCAAUAUCUGAACUCCUUGAACCUGGAAGACAUCAAUCAGAUCCCGUCACAGGACUUUGGGGAUGAUGGCUCACUGUACAUCACCAAGGUGACUACGACCCACAUGGGCAACUACACCUGUCAUGCUGAUGGCUACGAGAAACUUUUUCAGACCCACACUCUCCAAGUGAACGUUCCUCCCGUCAUCCGAGUGUACCCAGAGAGCCAGGCCAGGGAGCCGGGCGUCACCGCCAGCCUGCGCUGCCACGCUGAGGGCAUCCCCAGCCCUCAGCUGGCCUGGCUAAAGAACGGCAUGGACAUCACAACCAAGCUGUCCAAACAGCUCACCCUGCAAGCUAAUGGGAGCGAGGUGCACAUCAGCAACGUGCACUUUGAGGACACCGGCGCCUAUACCUGCAUCGCCAAGAAUGACGCCGGCGUAGACGAGGACAUCUCUUCGCUAUUUGUGGAGGACUCUGCGCGCAAAACUUUGGCAAACAUUUUGUGGCGAGAAGAAGGUCUCGGCAUUGGCAACAUGUUCUACGUGUUUUAUGAAGACGGUAUUAAAGUCAUUCAGCCUGUGGCAUGCGAGAUACAGCGACACAUUAAGCCCAGUGAGAAGCUGCUGGCUCUGCAGGAGGAGGUGUGCCCCACCUCACCAGGAGAGGAGGUUCAGAGGUGUGUGUGGUCAUCAGCGGUCAACAUCAAGGACAAGUUUAUUUAUGUGACACAGCCAACCUUGGAUCGAGUGCUCAUAGUUGACAUCCAGUCUCAGAAGGCUGUCCAGACGGUCAGCACCGAUCCAUAUCCUGUGAAGCUUCACUAUGACGAAACCCACGACCAGGUGUGGUUGCUCAGCUGGGGGGACGUGGAGAAGAACUUCCCUACGCUCCAGGUGAUCAGUCAGGCCAGUGGAAGAAUCUCCCACCACACCGUUCACACACAGCCGAUCGGCAGACGCUUCGACAGGGUGGACGACUUCUUCAUCCCCGCCUCCAGCCUCAUCAUUAACCACAUCAGAUUUGGCCUCAUCCUUCACCGGAAUGAGCCUGUCCUCCACAAGAUCGACCUGGAGACGACGUCGUAUGUGAAAAACAUCAGCUUACGGGAGUACAACUGCAUCCCCAAGUCCGUAGCCUACACCCAUCUCGGCGGCUACUACUUUGUCAACUGCAGGCCCGACUCCACCGGCGCCACGCAGCCACAGCUCAUCUUGGACAGUGUGACAGAUAGUGUGGUCGGCCAAAACCGCGACGUCACCGGCUCUCCAUACGUGUCUCCGGACGGCCACUACUUGGUCACCGUCGAUGACGGCGAUGGCCUGAUGAGGAUCCAGGUGAUCUCGGAGCGGGGUGAGAUCCAGGAGCCCUUUGACAUCCACACCAACCUCCACCUGUCUGAUCUGGCCUUCCAGCGCUCCUUCACGGAGGUCCACCAGUACAACGUGUUCGGCAGCUCCGGCCGUCAAACUGACGCGCUGUUUGUGGAGCUGAGCAGCGGCAAAGUGAAGAUGAUCAAGAGCUUGAAAGAGGCCACCAGGUCGUUCGAGUGGCCGUGGAGCAGUAGGAACAGGGUAAUGGCGGGCAGCGGACUGUUCGGACAGUACCUCAUGACCCCGUCCAGAGAGUCCCUCUUCAUCCUGGACGGACGGCUCAACAAGCUCAACUGUGAGAUCACUGAUGUCCUCAAAGGCAACGUGGUGGUGUGGGUCGGGGAGUCUUAGGUCCUAACAUCAAGACCCAAUGAGCAUUCUUUUCCUCAAAGGUACUGUUGCACUGAAUUCUGUUGCAGAUUUUUUAAUUUUGUGGGAACGCGAUAGUGAAUACCACAGAUUCAGAAACCAAAUUGACCAUUUGUAAGUCCAUUGGAUGAGGGACUGUCAUCCACAAAAAAACAAAAAAAAACGAAGGAGUAAUUGAUUGAUAUUGUCUUAAAGCCAAGUUUAAAUCUUUUGUUUUCCACUGGGUGGUUCACGUUUAAACAUAAAGUUGCUUGCUGGUAAUCUUUUUCAGGAAAAAUUGGUAUGAAUCCGUAAAUAUGUGCAACUUUGCAUUAUUAUUCUCAAUUGGUUGUAUUCAGUGUGUGGGAAUGCUGUAGAUAAUCUCUGAACAAACUAAUAUUUAAGUGAAUUGGCAGAAAUAGAUAUAUAUAUAUACUGUAUAUGUCCGGAUUGUAAUUUUAAGUUUGCCCAUCCCGAACUUUUUCCUGUGCCUUCAAGGAAAAUUCCCCUCCAUCAGAGGAAUUAGCGUAAUUAUCCCCAGUGUGACUGCAGACUACACCUCCUCCUGUGACCCCUCCAUUCGUGGUGAGCGUCGUUCCUCACAAACGUACCGCUCUCGUCUAUCAGUCCGUCCAACGCAGCCGAUUCAGUCUAAUUAAAACGAGCCCUUGCUGUGAUCCCAUCCUGUUUGAAGUGGAGACCGAGUGGUUCAUUACUCAUUGUAACCUUUGAUCUGAAAUUAUAACCAGCGUUGGAAGGUUUUGAAUAUCUAUAUUGUUUUUUCCUUUUUUAGUCCAAAGCAGAAAAAUGAAGUGGCAAUGUUAGUUAAAUUGUACCAGCUUUAUACACUACACAUUGUGUAAUUUCAAAAUGUUCCUUAGCGAUGAGUCGAUAGAGCGCUCGUGUGUGAAGAAAAAUCAUAACUUUCAUAUCCCUGGACCAAAAAAAAAAAGAUAAAGACAGCAUCUUAGAGUGUAAUAGAGUGAACUGUUGAACAACAUGCACUGACAGCAUGUUUCAAGUGGAUGUUUUAAUGUUAAAGCUAGCACACUGAGGGAGUGGGGUAGUUGUGUUGUGUAGAGAGGGUCUUUGAAUAUGAUAAACUUUCUGGAUGCUCCCGCGGUAGACACGUAGCUGGCGAGUCAACGAAACAGUUUCCUAACUGGACACAUUUCUAUGCAUUUUCACCCUAGCACUCUAUGACUCUAUGAAUCACAAUGGGCAACUGUAUCUCCAAUUUAGUAAGGACUUUUAAUGUGUACAGAUUAUAUAAAGUCAUUCCUGUUAAAUCUUUCUCGUAUAUAUUUUGAUUUUAGUUUCUUUUCUUUCCCCUGUCACACGACCUUUUAAACCCGACUGUACUGAUGAUGAUGACCUCUGACCUUUUCUCUCUCUACGGUGGAAACUGCUUAUAAUGAUCACGUCUGUCCGGGUCUAAUUGAUCACUAUAAGCGGAUGAUUAUUAUAACCCAAUUUUUUGUUGUUGUGCAUCAUUUCUAAUGCAGAUUAUCAUCUAAUUGACAUUUGUAUAUUUAUUACAUGAACACAAAGUAAUGAAACGGACUGUUUUACUGGCUCGCUGUUAAUUUAUUCAGCCUUUUCCGUCGCCAAGGGUGAAGCAUCGCCGUUUUUUUGGCCAGCUUUACAGUGCGAGCGUGCACGCAGAACGGCGCCCCUUUGCCGGGGCUCCUUGCUCGCUUACUCGGUAGUGGCAUGGAGGAAGAAGGGCGCCGGUCUGCAUUACCUGACCAGGCAUUAUGAAUCCACUUGACAAACCACAGGUGCUUUCCCCAUGCACACUCAUUUUUAAAACAAAACAAAAAUUCAAUAAACGCUAGUAUAACAUAGUUUUAAAAUUGUUUUUCCAUAUGUUGUCAUGUAUGAAAAGACCCAAAAUGAACACUGUAAGCGGACUUCUUGAUUACUAAAAGCGACUUAUUUAAACAGCGUUUGUAUAGGAAUGAUUCUGUCACUGUAACCGUGAUCACUAUAAAGCGGUUUCCACUGUAUUUCUGUCCUGUACAUAGCGGCUGACUGAGUCCAUUAGUUUCCCAUUUAAUGUACAGAUUCACGCAGGUUUCUCUUCAUAAUCAAUCCUUUUUAAGAAAUUAAAACACUGUCAUUAUCAACAUCUUGUAACCCCGAGCACAUUGUGAUCACAAACACCGCUUUCACCCCCCACAUAGCCAUGUCUUGUAUGUUCCUUCAUGUGAUUGUUAUUUAUAUAGAGAAAACACGCUUGUCAUUUUACCCAACAAUAAAAACUAGACCAUGAAAAACAA